AUGACCACUGUGAUUCACAUUCCACCAUUCGGGCAUCGGGAUGAAUUAAUCCCAGAUGUACCUGAUCGUAGACAAGAAAGAGUUCCGAAUAUCCCCAUCCUUUCACCAAACCAAGAAGAGGUCGACAAAUUCCUAGCUAGGGAACUGCGUACAAACAUGCUUGAAAGACUUUCCCCAUACUUGACAUUCAUCGCAAGAAGGUCUGGGGAUCAUAUUGACGCCCUAGACGAGCAUAUUGGGAAAGGGCGCGAGAUUGUGGUGACUGAAAAUCCAGACCUCCACCUGGUCUGGUAUUACAACACUCUUUAUUUAAAGCCAAUUCCUCAUUGUCUUCUCAAUUAUACAUUUUGGAGAAAAUACUUUUCAAGAAAUCAUCAACCACAGCUAUACGACGUUAGUGCAUUGGGAAGCAACUGCCUCUAUGCUCUUGGCUUUCUUCGCAGCUACUAUCACCUGAUAUGCCACGAGUCAGACUUUCAGCUUGCAGUGAAGCAACAUCUCAUCCCAGAAGGUGUUAGCUACUGGGACUUUCAGAUCUUCAUCCAUCAUUUUAGCGCCAUCCCUGAUGCUGCCGUGGCUCACCGAUAUCACUACGGCCAAUUGCGGUUGACUCGCUUGAACUUCGUUGCGUGGCUCGUCCCUCCACAUCCUCUGUAUUAUCAUCAGCUGGAUUGGCAGAUGGGACAGCAUUUUCACCGCUGGGCGCCAGUGUUGCUCUUCUUAUGGGCUUCUACCAAUCUUUGUUUAUCUUGUAUACAGGUUAUCCAUAGUACCAAGGGGGCACAUACAUGGGCAGCAUUUGAUACUAUUGGCUGGAUCUUCGCCACAGUGACGCUCGUCUUUCUCGUGGCCUUGAGUGUUUUCCUUUCAAUCGUCGUGCUGAUUGUGUAUGGAUCACAGCUAUCAUUUGCUAUAAAUACGUUGAGAGGGUAUUGGAGAGCCAGAGAGAUUGCAUAA